GCAUGAACGAUGCGAUACACACAUGACCUUCUCGAGCCUAUAUAUAAAGCUAGGAUACGUUACGUCCGGCAUACAUCCACUACCUAUCAGUUGUCUAUGCUCUAGGUCUGUGAAUCAUCGCAACAUGACAAUUUCAACCAAGUCUGACGAGAAAUGGUGGAAAGAGGCUGUCGUGUACCAGAUCUGGCCUCACAGCUUGUGAGUCGUUGCAACGGGGAUGGCAUCGGAGACCUUCCCGGUAUCACCAGCAAACUCGACUACAUAAAAGCCCUUGGGGUGGACGUCAUAUGGCUCUCACCCGUCUACGCAUCUCCCCUCAAAGAUUACGGGUACGACAUCUCUGACUUUAAAGCUAUCAACCCUCUAUACGGGACGCUAGAAGACUGGGAUACGCUUCAGAGGGGAUGCGCCGAGAGGGGGAUGAAGAUCAUGAUGGACCUAGUCUUGAAUCACACUAGUGACCAGCAUCCCUGGUUCCUCUCAGCCAAAUCGUCCAAAGACUCUCCUUUCCGAGACUUUUACUACUGGCGCGACCCUCGUCCUGAAUCAGAAGGCGGACCGGAACCUAACAAUUGGAAAUCCGUCUUCGGUGGCUCGGCAUGGCAAUGGUCUGAAGAGACAGGACAGUAUUAUUUGCAUCAGUACGCUGUCGAGCAGCCGGAUUGUCAGUGGGAGAACCCGAAGGUCCGGGAGGCGUUUUAUGAUAUCGUCAGGUUCUGGUUGGAACGAGGUUGUUCGGGUUUCAGACUCGACGCGUGCUCCCGGUUGUCCAAGGUUGAAGGUCUUCCCGAUGCCGAGGUCGUCGAUCCGAAUCAGAGGUAUCAGAACUGUAACAAGCUGGUCAAACAUGGACCGAGGCUGUGCGACUAUUUUCGGGAACUGUACGAUCAAGCUUUGAAAGACUACGACCUGAUCACCGUCGGAGAGAUGUCUGAUACGUCUCCCGAGAUGGCCAUGAGGUAUAUCAAUCCUGAUGACCCUCAGCUCCAGAUGAUUUUCCAGUUCGAUUAUUGGGCGCUGGAUUCUGACAAUGGUAAUCCGCUCAAAUACCGUCGGUGUCCGUUGCCCGAAUUGAAGGACUGCUUGAACCGGUGGCAAACCGAGUUAGACGAACGCGGUGGCUGGAACUCCAUCGUCACGUCCAACCACGAUCAAGGACGGGUCGUCAGCAAGUGGGGCAAUGAUUCUCCGGAAUGGCGCACUCGUUCUGCUCAGCUGCUGGCCAUCCUGCAGGCUACUCAACCUGGAACGCUGUAUCUGUAUCAGGGUGAGGAAUUGGCUAUGAAAAACGUGCCUGAAGACUAUAGGAUCGAGGAUCUGUUGGACGUACAAACUAUCAACUACUGGAAAGAGAUCAAAACAGCACGUGCAGCGGGCUCGAGUGAGGCGGAGCCAGACAUGAGCGAUAUCAUGCGCGAUCUGCGCAUCAAAGCUCGGGACAACGGUCGCUUGCCAGUUCCAUGGGAUGCCCGACAACCUCACGCUGGUUUUACCAAUUGCCAACAAGGUCCGUGGAUGGUGGCAAACAAGGACGAUUCUGCGUACGCUGCGGCGCAACAGGAAGGGGAUCUAGACAGCGUUCUCUCGUUCUGGAAACGGGCUAUCGCCUUGAGGAAGGCGCAUAACGAAUACUUUAUCUACGGGACUUUCCACCUCCUGGAUCGUGACCACCCGGAGGUCUUUGCAUAUACGGUGGCCAAGACGACAGGCACAGACCAGGUAAAAGCGCCCUCUGUCGUGGUAUUGAACUUCAGCGAAAGCGUCACGGAAUGGUCACUUCCGGCCAAUGUCGAGAUUGGCCACGUUCUGCUGUCUAACUAUACGGACGGUCCUGAGCGAAGGGACGGGAGACUGAUCCUUCAAGGAUGGCAAGGAGUUGUCUAUAAUGCAAAGUGAUCAAGGUCGUCAUCCUGAAACGAUUCUGGUCAGGAUUGGCUUAAGGAUCCGUUGACACAAGGUUGGAUACAGGACAUAAUCGCGAGGAACAUGAGCUCGGCGUUAGAUUAUACACAUUGCAGGAUGCAGGAUUAGAAGCGAAAAGUAGACCUGAUUGUUUAG